UUGGGAAGGAAUUCAAAAAUGCUGAAAGGUGCAGAUGAUGUUGUUAUGGAGCAUGAGGACUCUGCUUCCCAACAUGGAGAAAUGACAAGCUGGGAUAUCAAUGACAUCAAACUUCCCCAGGAUGUAAGACAGAUAGAUGGGUUUCAAGAAUGGCCAGAUUCCUACGUAAAGCAUAUCUAUAGCUCGGAAGAUAAAAAUGCACAGAGGCACCACAGCAGCUGGGCAAUGAGAAACACCAACAACCACAAUUCUCGCAUCUUAAAAAAGUCCUGCCUUGGAGUGGUGGUCUGUGGCAACAACUGCUCAACCUUGGAUGGGAGGAAGAUCUACUUAAGACCAGCCAUAUGUGAUAAAGCAAGGCAAAAACAACAGCGGAAAUGCUGUCCAAACUGCAAUGGGCCCCUGAGGCUCCUUUCCUGCCGAGGCCAUGGGGGUUACCCAGUUACCAACUUCUGGAGGCAUGAAGGACAAUUCAUAUUUUUUCAGUCCAAAGGAGCUCAUGACCAUCCACGUCCAGAAACAAAAUUAGAAGCAGAAGCAAGAAGAUCAACCCAAAAAGCACAGACAGCUUUUUCUCCAUCUUGUCCAAGAUUAAAAAGAAUACAGGAACUUGAGUCUCUGACAGGUGCAGUGCCGACGCGGGAGGCUUUGCCUUUACUUCUUUCCAAGCCAGACAUUUCCUCGCUACCGGAUAAUUUUGGGGGACACAUAAGCAAAAGCUCGCGGGAGUCGGUGCUAGGCAGCUGCUCCGGGUGGCUGCCAUGCUCCAGAGCUGAGGAGGAUGGGGGCUCCAGAGAGGUGCUGGCCUGGAGCAGGAGCCCAGCCCUCAGGAGCAGCCCCAGCGCCGGGAGGCCUGGCAGCGGCCCUGCUGUCCCCUGCACAGCCCCUUCCCCCCAGCACUGCACCCACCCCAGCACCCCACACACCCUAACCAUGGAGAAGGAUGGACAUGGCCCCUUCACGCAUAGCACUGGUCCCCUGGGGGAUGGAUCCUGCGAGGACAAAUCCCCACUGACCUACAACGGCUGCUGCCUCCUUCCCCUGCCCUACCCUGUGCCUCAGGGAGGUCCCUGCCCCAUGGCGAGUGGGGCACAGCACCACCAACAGCUCUCAGUGCCUCCGAGGGGAAGUGAAGGACAUGAUGGUGAGGGAGGGCGCCACGUGGGUCUCAACUACUGCAAUGACGAUGUGUUUUUUAACCUGUACCCAUUACGGUGACUGGUUUUAAAUGUCCUCUCCGUCUCCUCUUUUGGCAACAGGCCUAAUUCUCUAUCCCUGUUGCAACGCAGAUGUCAAAGU